ACGCUCGAACGUCUCUCCAACCGAUCCCUCAUCGGCCUCCUCAUCUUUGAGGGAUCCCCAUUUUACCUCCGUCGACCCUCAAAUUUAGGAACCGUUGCCGACUCCCUAUCCGUCAACGACCUCUCCUUCCCGUCGCUCCCUCCCGCCACGGACAUUUCCGGCGACGACGCGGCUUGCCCCGCGCCGGCUCCUCCCUUGGCCACCCGCGCCGCCGGCUCCCUUGACCACCCGCUCCGCCGCCCCCUGGGCCACCCGCCCCCGCCCCUGUCUCCGCCCCUCCCAAGCCGCCCCAGCAGAAGCAGCAGGAGGAAGAGAAGGAGCAGGAGGAGGCGGCGGCGUUCGUGUUUCUGGAGCCCGUGCAGGUGGGCGAGGUCACGCAGCGCUCACUCGGCCCUGUGGUCGCAGAACCUCGCCCGGCUGGCUGUUGCCUGGGAGCAAGCGGUCGAGAUCCAUCCCCAACCCCAAGGUGAGCUUGCUGCCCCUCCGGUUCCUGUUCUUGCUCGGUUUGGUACUCCUUGUUCGCAAUCCGCCGACACGGUCGCAAUCCGUCGCUGACGAUUCGUCGCCGGCGAACUUGGCUUCUCCGCCGACGACCUCCAUCCCCCCCGGCGCUUCCAUCUUAUCUCCUCACCCACCUCCCUGCUGCCCCUCUCCAUGCUGCUCUCUCUCUCUGCCCACCCUCUCUCACACUCGGCUGAGCACAACCGGAGCAACAACAACAACACUUCCCUCCUCCCUGCGCAGAUCCACCACAAAGGAGCUGCCAGAACCUCCUCUUCCCAGCCCCCAUCUCCCUCAUUCUCCCUCCUGGUCUCUUCCUUUUUCUUUCUCGGCUGCAAGGAGCAGCAGCUGGUCCUUUCUUCCUCCUUUCUUCUAUCGGCCAAGCACAGAACAACAGAGCAAGAUGAUGGUCCUUCUUGAAAAAGAUUAGCAGUACCGCAUGUUAUUUGAGCCUUAAUUCAGUACCAUCAUUAUUUCCUAUCUUCAUGCUAUCGUUUUUCCCUGUGCUUUCAGGCGCUCCUCUUCUUGGAUCUACUGAAGCAGUUAGAGCUGUUAUUUCUGAAGCAACUUUUGGUCUUCUAGUCAGCGAGAUUAAUCCGGCUGUCAGAGAAAGAAUCACAGGAGUAAUAAAGCAAGAAUUCCUUACGAAGGAAUUGUAAAUGUGAUCGAGCCAAAGGUGCAGGUUAUAAGAAUGGAUGGUUUUUUGGAAUUGAUGAGUGAACAAAACAUUGAAGACAAUGGACCGUAUUGGGAUGAUAGUCAAUUUGUAAGCCCACAUGAGGAGAAACAACUGUCACAUGUAGAAGCUGGUGCGUCCCAAAAAGCAAAAAAGGCUAGAUCAAAAAAUUUCAGUGUAAAAGAAGACAACAUGUUGGUGUCGGCAUGGCUAGAAGUUAGUUUGGAUGCUAUACAAGGGAAUGAACAAUCCCGUGCUACGUAUUGGCAAAGAAUUACUGAUUAUUUUCACGAGAACAAGGACUUUGCAUCUGAUCGUAAUUCCAAUUCUCUCCAGCACCGUUGGUCUAUCAUACUAGAAGGUGUUAACCGGUUUUGUGGAUGUUAUGUCCAAAUUCAAAACAGGAGGCAAAGCGGCGUGACAGAACAAGAUAAGGUAAUGCAUGCAUGUGAAUUGUAUAAGUCAAAAGACCCCAAGGGCAGAUCGUUCGGAUUGUUGCAUUGUUGGAAUAUCUUGCAGCACGAGCAAAAGUGGAAGGAUAGGUGCGUUCAGAAAAAACAGAAGACAUCCAGCACUGGAAGUCUGUCGUCCACUCCUGAGACCAACGAGAGUCAUCUAGAGGAUGAUGGGGAGGGUCAUACUUCAGAGCCUGUGGUUAGGCCAGGAGGUAGGAAGGCGGAGAAAGAGCGACAACGGCGAGGUAAAAAUCCUGUCUCUCCUGGAGAUAAUCUUUACAUGGAAGCGUUGGAAAAUAUGUGGGCUAAGAAGAAAGAGGCAGAAGCCCUGAAAGAGGUUGCAAAAAAAGAGCGCUAUGAUGAGAGACUUGCACUUGAGAAGAAAAAGAUUGAACUGAAGGAACAAGAUAUUGCGUUAAGGAGAAGGAUUGAAGAUGAUAAGGUGAUGAAUAUGGAUCUUAGUGGUAUGAGUGAGCGACAACGACAAUACUAUACGAGUUUGCAGGAUGAGAUCAUCGCUCGGCGGUUUGGCACAGGCUCGGGUUGAGCUACUUCAUAUAUGGAACUUUAAGUAUUUUGUUGGCACUUUAAAUAUGUUGUAUGAACUUUAAGUAUGUUGUAUGAACUUUAAGUAUGUUGUACGAACUCUAUGUUAGUUGUAUGGACUAUCUAUGUUAGUUGUAUGGACUAUCUAUGUUAGUUGUA